AUGUUAACGCUGGCAAUUUUUAAGCCACACUGCCUCAAAAAUCCUAUCGCCUAUAGAACGAUACAGCAGAUCAUAGUGGACAAUGGGUUGGAAAUUAUCGCCAGCAAGCGGAUGACAUUGUCUCAGGCCGAGGCGGAACAGUUUUACGACGAGCACCGAAACAAAUUUUUCUUUCGCCGUCUCGUGUCGCUAAUGACUAGUGGGCCCCUAGAAGUUGUGCUACUGUCGGGCGAUAAUGCUAUUCAGCGCUGGCGUGAUUUGAUGGGACCAACGAAGGUGCUUAAAACGGUCUACACACAUCCGCACUGCAUCAGGAGCAUGUUCGGUAUAACCGAUACGAGGAAUGCCACCCACGGAUCUGAUUCCGUAAACUCGGUUGCAGCAGAGCGAAAAUUUUUCUUUGGCUGAUUGCGAAUUGGAGCACGUCCUGUUGUUGUUUAUAGUUCUGCUGUAGCUAUUCAA